GUUCUCUGGUAAAAAAUAAAAAUAAAAAUAAAAAAUAAAAAGCUGUAUGAAAAAAGUUUGGUGGCAAACUUUGACCAGGCAGUGGCCAGAAGUUAACUGGUAGAAAAUAUACGCAGUCUGGGACACUGGUGACGUCAGAACCAGAACUUAAAAUAUUGGUGUAUUAUAUGGAACGUUUGUUUGAAACCAUUGAUUAACGAACGUUUGUGACGUCAAAGACGUCCUUUGAUUAAAUUAAUUAAUUCGUUUUACUUUAUCAAACCCCCCAGUGUUCACACAGUAGCUUCGUCCCUGCCUCUAGCCGUACUUCCGCCUUUUUUCCCCCCCGCUACAUUGCAUGCUGGGAAACGCAGUUCGUGUUUCCCUCAGCGACAACAAGCAUCAUGGAAGGCGUACGGCCGCCACCUCUGCGCAGUCUGGAUGAUUUCCUCCUGAGUUCAGCGAGGUUCGCGGUGCCUGAUGUUCGGGAUCUGGACCGCUGGAACAACCGCGUUAUCAACAACCUGCUCUACUACCAGAGCAACUACUUCCUGUCCGCGCUCGGGCUCCUGCUCUUAGUGGUGUACUUCCGGCCCUUGCAGUUGUGUGUCGGAGCAGUGGUGGUCACCUCGUUGUUCCUUGGCUUCGUCUGGGCUGCGGAGAACCAAGCUCCCGUUCGCCGUUUCAGGAGAAAACACCCGUGCCUCUGCUUAUUGGCCAUCCUGGCUGUCAGUUACCUCCUCGUCUCUGUGUUGGGGGGCGUGGCCGUCUUCCUGUUUGGGAUCGCCUUCCCUAUAUUGACGGUCCUGGUGCACGCCUCGGUGCGACUGCGCAGCCUGAAGAACAAGAUGGAGAACAAACUGGAGAGCAUUGGUCUGAAGAGGACGCCCAUGGGUCUCCUGCUGGAGUCCCUGGGCCAGGAGCAGGAGGCCGGCUCGUAGAGAGGAGGUAGAAGGAGAAUGGGAAAGAGGAGGAGGAGGAGGAGGAGGAGGAGUGUGAGGAAUACCAUGGCUGCCAACGAGGGAAAAAAUAAAAGUAGAAAGGUGGAGAAAUGGAUGUUCACUAUAAGGAGUGUAAGAAAACCAGAGUCUUAGAACAAAAAAAGCUUUUUGUCUGGUUGAUUUCAUCAUUGAUGAGGUGAAGAACCUGAACAUGCUCUUUUAUUAUUAUUAUUAUUAUUUUAAAGCAUUCCUCAUUAACCAAACCAACCUUGCACUUGAAGCACCUGUUGUUUACUUGAUUAUUUCCUGCCAAGUUCGACACUACAUUCAUUUCUAUUUAACUGUAUGAAGAAAGAUUUUCGUAGCAGAGCACGUUUGUAGUGGCUAAGAUUUAUUUCUGCUAACACAUUCCGACCCCAGCACUGGAAAAAAAAACUUUAAUUUUUUCCUAGUUUCGACAUAAAAGUGUGUGCUGGGUGAAAGGAUCCCUGUUAAACUGGUUUAAUCAGACUUUACUGGAAUGAUUCCAGUGGUGAAGUACAGAAGACAAAGUCUCUCUCCCGAUUGGCUGCCCUGCAUUACAUCACAUUCCUUCAAAUUAAAAAAAAAAACAACGUCUACAUACAUUAUUAUAAGUGGUUUUGACAGAAACGUGUCAAAAAUCAAUACAGUUGUGAUGUUGUCGGGUUUUUUUUAUUACAAUUACAUUUCUUAGUUCUCCUAAAAACAAUUCAAGUUGCCAAGCAAACACUAAACCUUCCCACAGAAACAACUCUCUCCCCCUCCCUCCCUCCCUCCCUCCCCACGUCACCCAUCAUGGAAUAUGCUUCUUCAAACCUAUCAUUUAAAAUCACCACCAUAAAGAAAAAAAACAUAAAUCAUUUUUAUUCUAAGCUGUGGGAAUUGAACCCUCAAUCGACGUUAAUCUUUGACAUUCAACUUCACCAGUGCAGUGUUUGUAAAUGACUGACUUCCCUGCUCUGAGCUCGACUGAAACAAGAGACAAACAGAGACACUCCUGUGCUGUUGUUGGGGAAGGAGGAUUUUUCAGAUGCCUACAGUUAUUUAUGAGCCGUUCAUUUAUUGUCAAUGCAAAGUAUUUGUCCCACAGACUGUGUCUGUGCUGCACACAGGGACGGUUCACAGACUGUGGCUGUGUCAGUGCUGUUCCCUGUGGGGUAGAAGCUGCCUGGGGUGGCCUUUAAAGAACCACUGCUCUAAUUCACAGCUUAACUCCACGAUGAAGGAAAACGUUAGCUGUUCUCGACUGAAUGUUGACCAGGAAGUUUUGAAAGUUUUUCUUAGAGAAACUCUUAUCGUAAACAACCAAAAUGAACGAACUGUUUUACCCUGAUACAAUUGAAAAGUGUUGUUUUUGUUGACGUGACUUUGGCGUUGCCUUAUGUUUCACUUCUUUUUUUAUUCACCAAUGAUGUGUCUUGUUCUGCUAAAAAGUGACAAAAAUAAAACAUUACAUCACUUUCAUAAUGAA